AUGGCAUCUUCUCAACAUGUUGGACAGCGCAUUUCCUAUGAUGGCGCCCUCUGCACAGUGAGAUACGUCGGUGAAGUCGCAGGCACGACAGGAACAUGGUUGGGCGUAGAAUGGGACGACUCAGCACGAGGCAAACAUGACGGAUGUCACAAGGGCGUUCGCUAUUUCAACUGCAAAUCCAAGUUCCCCACCGCUGCUUCAUUUGUGCGUCCUUCUCGACCGGCUGACCCGCCGCGUCACUUCUUAGCAGCCGUCAAUCACAAAUAUGCCAGCGAGUACAUGCUCCCCGAUGGAAGAAGGGCGGCCGAGGAAAUCAUAUUCUUCGGAAAGCGCGCCGAGGAGGUUGGGUUUGAGAAGAUUCGCCGGAAACAAGCCAAUAUUGGCGAGCUGACUAUUGUGAUCCUGGAUGAUCUUCAAGUUGCCAGCGCAAGAGCAGACGACGAAACUGAGGGAAUCAUCUCCAAGAAGUGUCCCAAGAUUACGCAACUGGACCUCAGUCGCAAUUUGUUCCAGCACCUUGAUCCUGUUUUUGACAUUUGUCGUGAGCUACCAAGCCUCCAACAUCUCACCCUCAAUGGCAACCGUUUCCAGGAAGUUUUGGAUAACCAAACUCAUGGUGUUAUGGAAAAUGUCAAAGAGCUCUCCCUGGAGGCAACCAUGAUGAGCUGGGAGGAAGUUUGUCACAUCGCAACAAAGUGUCCGUCUCUGGCAGCUCUGGACGCCGGCUCAAACCACCUCCAGUCUCUCCCAGCACUAGACUACGGGAGCCUCCUGUCGACAUUGACAUCGAUCAACCUCGAAAUCAACGAAUUCACUACAUUUGCUGACAUCAGUACGCUCACUUCACUCACCUCUUUGCGCAAUAUUCACCUCAAGGGAAACAAUAUCACUGCAAUCGCACCGGAAGGUGUCGAAGGCCCGAUAUUCUCAGAAAGCGUCCAGUACCUCGACGUUUCAUACAACAAUAUCCAGUCAUGGACGUUUGUGGACCAGAUUCCCAAACAUUUCCCUGGCUUGGUUGGGUUAAGAAUUGGCCACAAUCCAUUCUAUGAUGCUGUUGACGCUGAUGCCAAAUCAUCCUCUUCUGAAGAAUCUCACAUGUUUACCGUCGCUCGCUUGGCUUCGCUCAAGUCUCUCAACUUCAGUCAAGUCACAGCAGCCGACCGUACUAAUGCUGAGAUGUUUUACCUCUCUCGGAUUGGAAAACAGCUUGCGGCCGCUCCGGAGAACGCCGAAGCGGAGAUCCUGGCCCUCCAUCCCCGUUGGGCAGAACUAUGCGAGAUAUACGGCGCGCCGAGCAUUAUGCGCAGGUCAGAGGUCAACCCCUCCUUUCUAGAGGCUCGCUUGAUCACCGUUAGUUUUCAUCGACGCGGAGAAGAUGAGAGAGUAACAAGGAUACCCAAAUCCUACGACAUCUACGCCGUCAAAGGAGUUGCAGGAAAGCUGUUGGGAUUGUCUCCCCUCAAACUUGCUCUCAUCUGGGAAACAGGAGAAUGGGAUCCCGUCGCUGGAUUUGAUGACCAGGAGGGUGAAAGCAGCGACGAGGAAGAGGCAGAAGAAGAGAGGGAACGCAAAGAGGUCGACGCAAACGCCGCUGAUGAGGACAGCGCAAGCAAACCAGGGCGAUGGGUGAAGAGGGAAGUUGAACUAAGAGAUGGGCCUAGGCAGCUAGGGUACUGUGUGGAUGGCCUGGAUGUUAAGAUUCGCGUGGAGGCUCGUUAG